CUCAACAGUAAGUAGUACCCAAUAAGAUCGGGUCAGGACUGUAGAACAAUGGAAAACGCGGUAUCAUAUCAUUGCAACGUUGUAAAAAUGCUCUCAAUAGGAUGAGGGAAGGGAAGGUCGCGUAGUUAUCGUGCUUGGCAUCAAGUCCGCUUCGGAGCGCAUCACCAGAGUCCAACCACAAGCCUACCUACAUUCCCUCCGACACUGAACAAGCUCACUUGAAGCCUCCGGCCAACGCGCUCUAGCUUUAAUAUCAGCUGUCUGGACUUGGAGCAGCUCCCUCACCUCGUCCCUCCUCCCACAAUGUCGACCAUCACACGAACGCUGCGGAAUCUGUGGAGGAUUGGGUUCAAAGAAUAUGGCCACCAGUUGCACUAUAUCGGCGAUACCAAAGCCGGUGUGUUGAUUGGAACCGACCGCUACGGCAAUAAAUACUAUGAGAACUUGCAGGAAGAACUUCCUUUGCGGACACGAUGGGUUGAUUACAAGGACAAGGAGCUGGAUGCCAGUCAGAUCGAGCCCGGGUGGCAUGCCUGGAUCAGCUACUUGGUCGACAAGCCACCUACAGAAGACAAAAUCAUGGAGGUUGGCAUACGGCCCUGGGAGCCAAAGGAGCCCAAGAUCAACAUGACCAUGACAAGAGGAGCAUAUCGACCAUAUUCUACGACGAAGCCAAAGUAUGACGCUUGGUAUCCUGUUGCCAAACCUCGAGACGGCUCUACGCCAUUCGCACAAAGAGAUAUCCGAGAAGGAGGAGAGUUUGAGCCAAGAGCAUAAACCACCACCGCGAGUGUGAUAGCUGCCGCGGGGCGUCACGUUUCUGUACAGAUGCAUGCAUGAGGAGUUUUCUCUAGGGUUCUGAUGGGAUGAACAGAAAUGCAGUGUGCUUUUCCAAUUUUGCAAACAAUGAAGGUAUCUCUGGGAUUGCGCCACAUAAACCCAACCUGCCGAAUUUUAUUUACGCCAUGUGUUCUGUCUCGUCAAUUCAUGUCUUUGUCGGCGGUGCCCGUCGGUUUAUUCUUGCUGGGCCUAACUCGGCUCUGACCUCAUCGAGUUGUUGAAGUCCGAACUUCUCGUUUCCGUUCUUCCCACGUUUGCCUUUUGCGCCUCUCCGUUUACCGCCGCCAGGGUUGGCCUUGUUCCAGUCGCCAAGGAAUCCAUCCAUCAUACUGUCGAAAUCCUCGCGGACAGCCCCUUCAUCGGCGAAACUCGUGGUCGAUAGUUGUGACAUUUUCGAUUGACCCGUCAUCCCCGAGGCCAAGGACAUUCCACCAUCCAUAUCGUCAAACUCAUCGCCCUCGUCUAGGGAAUACAUCUUUUCCACUUGAUCAAACCGUGCAUCCAGCAAUUGCUGGCCCUGUGUACGAGCAAGAGAUGAGGAAGUCAUAGAGUACGAGCUGGGAUUUGUCAAUGCGCCUUUCCGCUUCUUUUGCCGUAGGGGCGUGCCGUUC